UAAAUAGAGACCUUCACAGCCUUUGUUUUCCAUUCCAUUGUUCUAUACAAUAUCCUCCUGUUCUCUUCUCAGAUUAAUCUCUCAGUUUCUCUUUUUGCGAUCUAAAGGAUCUUCUUCAAUUCUCCUUCAAGAUGCAGAUCUUUGUGAAAACUCUUACUGGUAAGACCAUCACCCUUGAGGUCGAGAGCUCAGACACCAUCGAUAAUGUCAAGGCUAAGAUUCAAGAUAAGGAAGGAAUUCCUCCAGACCAACAACGUUUGAUCUUCGCUGGUAAGCAGUUGGAAGAUGGAAGAACUCUAGCUGACUAUAACAUCCAGAAGGAAUCAACUCUCCAUCUUGUCCUCCGUCUUAGAGGUGGUAUGCAAAUCUUUGUCAAAACCUUGACCGGUAAGACCAUCACUUUGGAAGUCGAGAGCUCUGACACCAUCGAUAAUGUCAAGGCUAAGAUUCAAGAUAAGGAAGGAAUCCCUCCAGACCAGCAACGUUUGAUCUUUGCCGGAAAGCAGUUGGAAGAUGGUCGCACUCUUGCCGACUACAACAUCCAGAAGGAGUCUACUCUCCAUUUGGUGCUUCGUCUCAGAGGUGGUAUGCAGAUUUUCGUCAAGACCCUUACUGGAAAGACCAUCACCUUGGAAGUUGAGAGUUCUGACACCAUCGACAACGUCAAGGCUAAGAUCCAAGAUAAGGAAGGAAUCCCUCCAGACCAGCAACGUUUGAUCUUUGCCGGAAAGCAGUUGGAAGAUGGUCGCACUCUUGCCGACUACAACAUCCAGAAGGAGUCUACUCUCCAUUUGGUGCUUCGUCUCAGAGGUGGUAUGCAGAUUUUCGUCAAGACCCUUACUGGAAAGACCAUCACCUUGGAAGUUGAGAGUUCUGACACCAUCGACAACGUCAAGGCUAAGAUCCAAGACAAGGAGGGUAUCCCCCCAGACCAGCAACGUUUGAUCUUUGCCGGAAAGCAGUUGGAAGAUGGUCGGACUCUUGCCGACUACAACAUCCAGAAGGAGUCUACCCUCCAUUUGGUGCUUCGUCUUAGAGGUGGUAUGCAGAUCUUCGUGAAGACUUUGACCGGAAAGACCAUCACUCUUGAGGUGGAGAGCUCAGACACCAUCGACAAUGUUAAGGCUAAGAUCCAAGAUAAGGAGGGUAUUCCUCCAGAUCAGCAGAGGUUGAUCUUUGCCGGAAAGCAGUUGGAAGAUGGUCGCACCCUUGCUGACUACAACAUCCAGAAGGAGUCUACUCUCCAUUUGGUGCUUCGUCUACGUGGUGGUAUGCAGAUCUUCGUUAAGACUUUGACUGGAAAAACCAUCACUCUUGAGGUGGAGAGCUCGGACACUAUUGACAAUGUUAAGGCCAAGAUCCAAGAUAAGGAAGGGAUCCCUCCAGACCAGCAACGUUUGAUUUUCGCAGGAAAGCAAUUGGAGGAUGGUCGUACUCUCGCUGAUUACAACAUCCAGAAGGAGUCCACCCUUCACCUUGUCCUUCGUCUUCGUGGUGGUAACUAGAGUGUCUGUUGAUGGUGUUUCAGCUAUGGCUUGAUGAUUUGGUGUCGUUUGUGUUCCCUUAGUUGGAGGAACUUUAUGUUAUGUUUUCGUUUACUCUUUUAGGAUUUCCCUUAUGUUCUAUUCACUGCAUUAACAGUUGGGUGCAGUGUUAUCAUCGUAUGUGGUUCUUGUUGGUUAUUGAAUAAAUUGUUGCUUUAGUAAACUGGUUUUGAGC